AUGGAUCUCAUCGAGACAGCACCCAGAGACCCAGCCCAGACAGCCCAUCUACUCCGUCCGGCUCGACCGUCCCCCAACGGAGGCUACGGCUGGGUAUGCACCCUCUGCGUCCUGCUCGUCAACGCCCACACCUGGGGCGUAAACAGCGCAUGGGCCGUGAUCCUCGCGCACUUCCUCAAGAACUCCACAUUCCCAAACACAAGCCAAACCGAAUACGCACUUAUCGGCGGGUUGUCCAUAUCCCAGGCCUUCCUCAUCGGGCCCGGUGUAACAAAGAUUCACAGUAUGGCUGGCACCCCUGCCACUCUACUCCUGGGUACGGUUCUCGAGUUUGGCGGCCUGCUGGCUGCGUCCUACGCGAGCAAGGUGUGGCAUUUGUAUCUGACGCAGGGCGUCCUGUUUGGGUUUGGGAUGGGGUUUCUGUAUAUCCCUGCCUCGUCGGUGCUGCCGGGUUGGUUUUCGACGAAGCGGAGCUUUGCAAUCGGUCUUGCGGCUUCUGGGGCGGGAAUUGGGGGGUUGGUUUAUAAUCUUGUUGCUGGGCGGACUAUUGAGAGGUACGGGGUUGGUACGACGUAUAAGAUUCUUGCAUUCUGUUCUCUAGGCGCGAAUCUGUUUUCCUCCCUACUGCUGAGAGAGCGGAAGCAGGCACAGCCAGACGGGGAGAGCGGCGAAGGUUCAGAUCGUGAGCGCGAGCGCAUCAGGGCCUUGAAUCUGCAAGAUCUAAAGCAUAUCGAGAUCCUGCUUCUCGUGUUCUGGGCCCUAAUGACGGAAUUCGGGUAUGUGGCGCUGAUGUACUCGCUGCCGGACUAUGCAUCGUCUAUAGGCCUUACUGCGCAUCAGGGGUCUAUCACUGGCGCCAUUCUGAACCUCGGACUCGCGGUUGGAAGGCCGCUUGUUGGGUAUGGGAGUGAUAAGCUGGGCCGGAUUACGGUGCCGACUAUUCUGACGGCGUCUUGUGGGCUGGCUUGUCUUGUCCUCUGGGUGCCGGCGCAUAGCUAUGCUGCGCUGCUGGUCUUUGCGCUUUUGGCGGGGAUGCUCUGUGGGAUAUUCUGGAACACGGUGACACCGGUCGUGGCGGAGGUUGUCGGGCUAGGUCGUCUGCCGCCGGUGUUUGCGCUUGUCUGCUUGAUCAUGGUGGUUCCGACUACGGUUGCUGAGAUUAUUGCUUUGAAGCUGGUGAGUGGGAACAGUUAUCUGGGGGCGCAGGUCUACAUUGCGUGUCUGUUUCUUGCGGGCUCUGGCGGCUUGUUGGUUCUCCGGUCUUGGAAGGUUUAUGAUGUUGAGAGAAAGGCUGCUGAUGAGCGUGAGGGCUUGAGUAGGGAUGAGACAUCCAGGUUUCCGCCGUUUAUGGAGUGGAUGACGCUGUCCAAGUUGUUUAUCAAAGGGAUGGUUUGA